AACGUUGUAAGCAACAUGACCAACCUUGACCUUAAAAUGUCGACUGCUGCGUUAGGCAGACGUGCUUUACAAGUUUACCGUGUUGUGGCGGCGAACGAAAUAUUGGGUUGCCGUUGUUUAACGUACUCUUUAUAUCGAAGUUUCAGCCAAACAAGUACACUAAGAAAGAAUCAAAGGGGUAAAGGCUCACCUGGUCACCACAGAGUAGCCACGUCCAAGGUGCCAGAUACAGGCUAUGAUUGGAUAGGUCCUCCUAACAAAGACUCCAACCUUCGACCUGUUAAGUUCCACAUAUGCAAGGAUGAAACUCCCACAGAAAGAAAUUACAGAGAAAGGAGACAAGAGUUGCAGAAGUGGAACCAGAACUUCUGGGCAGAGCAUAACACAAGUUUUUAUGGGGCCAGAGAAAGAUUUGUAAAAGAAAAAUUAGCUGAAAUUGGGCCCACCUUACCAGAUGGAACUCCAAGAAAGCUUACCACUUCAGAGAUGUCAGAGUUCUAUAGAUGUUUUCUUAAUGAAAACUACAGGAGACAUGUUGAAUAUAACAAAGAGUGGUAUAAGAGAAAUAUCUCACUUCUAUGGCCAGCAGUCAAAGUGAAUAUAGAAAGGCUGUUAUGGAAAAAGAAAGCUAAAGAGACAUCCUGAUCAGCAGAGGGAGUUGCUGUCACAUUUAAAAAUUGGACAAAAACAGCAGGAAGACAGAGAAACAGUCCCCCCAGUGCCCUUUUAAAACCCUAAAUUUUUAGGAAUCCUAUGAAGGUCCCUUUAUUUCAGUGAGAUUCCUGUAAUUCUUGAAGUUUUCAAUUUUUUAAGGUAAUUGAAGUCAGGCCAUUGAUGUCCUUUUCUGAGGGAUGUUAAGAAUUUAUAGACCUGCUGAUAAAAUAUAAAUGGAUCUUUUUGGAACAACACAAUGAUUUAAAGAAGCUUGUAGAUAAAGAGUUGCAUAAGCUAGUAUUGCUUGUGAUUAGUAAUCUUUUUGGCGUGAUAUUUUGGAAUUUUGUCAGAAAAAUAUUUUAAAUCAUAUCAAGAUGAAAGGUAAGCACUUUUGUCCAAGGGUUGGAAGCUGCCCAAUAUUUAAAUGCAAAAAGGAAAAUAAUUAAAUUAUUUACAUGUGCAUCAAUUUGUUAAAUAGGGAAGUAAGGCAUUAGUCAUAGACUCAUAGUGUAGUUCACAUUUUAUUUCUGCUAUUUAUAUGAAAAUGUUAUAUAUCUUUUGAGCUAGAUGCAUGUGCAAUGACAUUGAUAUGAGCUAUAAAAGAAGUGCACACUUUUUAUCCCAA